GUCUAGCCACCGCUUUUGCGCUGUUGUAGGUGCGGUGCGGGGAUCGUGAAAAUGUCAAAGUUCACGAUCUCCACUCCUGUUGGCUUAUGCCUAUUAAGCGUUGCUUUGUAGUGGAAUAGCAUUUUCUAAUACAGUGUAGUAAUUGUAGAAGUGCUUACUGAAUACCUAUCCUUUGUGUGUGAUAGGUACUUAGUAGCCUGUAGAGUCGUGAGUCGUGACAUUCGAACAUUUUACACUUAAAUGAAUUCCUAAUAUGAACAGAGAUUUGUGUUGUGAAAAAUAUAAUAUUUGUUAAAGUGUUUAAUGAACAAUAUGUGAAAUAGUACUAGGAUUUAAAGGUCAUGCUAGGUGCAUAGGCAAAUUUUUUUUAAGGCAGAAUAUUAAACGGAAAAAUGCUUAUUAAGGAAUAUAGAAUACCUCUGCCUCUAACAGUUGAGGAGUAUAGGAUUGCCCAGCUUUAUAUGAUAGCAAAAAAAAGCAGAGAAGAAAGUUCAGGAGAAGGUAGUGGUGUAGAAAUUAUUGUGAAUGAGCCUUAUGAGAAUGGUCCUGGGGGCAAAGGACAGUAUACACAGAAAAUUUAUCAUGUUGGAAGUCACUUACCAGGGUGGUUUAAAAGCUUACUUCCAAAGUCUGUGCAAACAGUGUCAGAAGAAGCUUGGAAUGCUUAUCCAUACACAAAGACAAAAUAUACUUGUCCAUUUGUCGAAAAGUUCUCUCUUGAGAUUGAGACUUAUUAUUUUGGAGACAAUGGCCACCAAGAAAAUGUUUUUAAAUUAAGUGGCAGUGAUUUAAAAAGUCGGAUAGUGGAUGUUAUAGAUGUUGUUAAAGAUCAACUUUAUGGAUCUGAUUAUAUAAAAGAAGAAGAUCCAAAACUGUUUGUGUCACAAAAAUGUAAUAGAGGACCUCUUACCGAAUCUUGGUUAGAAGAUUAUUGGAGGGAAGUUCAAGGUAAACCUCAACCUUUGCCUAAUGGUAAAUCACUUAUGUGUGCCUAUAAGCUUUGUAAAGUUGAGUUUCGUUAUUGGGGAAUGCAAACUAAGCUUGAAAAAUUCAUUCAUGAUGUAGCCCUUAGAAAAACAAUGCUUAGAGCACACAGGCAAGUCUGGGCCUGGCAAGAUGAGUGGCAUGGUUUAACUAUGGAAGAUAUUCGUGAAAUUGAAAGACAGACACAGUUAGCAUUAAAGAUGAAGAUGGCUGGGGAAACCAAUGAAGAAGCAGAUCAAAUAUCUGAAGACAACUCUAAAUCCCUAGCAGCAACAAUGAGUAGCUUGGAAAAGAAUGAAGAAUUAGCAACUCCCAUACCUACGAAAAAAACCAAUUCUGAAGUCCAUGCCCAAAUACAUUUAUCUCCUGAAGGCUCCCCUGCAACUGACCAAAAAAGUUCAUCUAAAUCUAACAUCAGAUCCUCAUCUACAGGUUCUCUUAAAAACUUACAAACUCAGGUUGCAAAUUGGAGAAUGGAAACAUUAGUUAGAGAAUCCGAAACAGAAACAGGAUCAGAAGAGGAUGAAUUCUAUGAUUGUGAAGGUUCCUUUAAUAAAUGGUCUUCAUUGUGUUCACUUGAUGAAGCAGAUAUUGAUAUAUCUCCAACUCAAGGUGAUCAGAGUCAAGAAGAUAGCAUUUUUAAUCCUUCAUUCUUAAAAAGAGUGACAUCUGAAAGAGGCUCUCGCAGAAUAGUAGCUUUACAUAGUCACCCGAGUAUAGAUGGUUGUCCUGAUACACCAGUGCAUGGUUCAUGCCCCACAACUGUCUUAUUACUUGUUUUUCAUGCUGGGAGUGUUCUUGAUGCUAAUAUUGACAUGACAGCAAGGAAAUCUGAUGUAACUACUUUUAAAGGAGCCUUUGAAUCUGUAAUGCGACAGCAUUAUCCUACACUGGUAGGACAUAUUGCAAUUAAAUUAGUUUCCUGUCCAUCAAUUUGUACGGAAGCAUUAGGAGUAUUGUCCACAUUAAGCCCCUACAGCUUUGACUGUUCACCUUCAACAAUAGAGACACCAUCAUUAACAAAUGACUUAAUACCUAUUGGUGCAAUACCAUUAAUAGCUACAUCAUCUCCAGAAUAUUCGGAACAUGUUACUAAAACUAUAGUUUCCGCGAAUGCGGUUUACAAUGAAUUUAUAAAGUCUGAAGAUGGAAAAGGCUUUUCAGGACAAGUAUGUAUAGUUGGAGACAGCAUGGGGUCAUUGCUUGCCUAUGAUGCUUUAUGUAGAAGUUUACAAUACCAAUCACGGCAUGAUAGUGAAACUAGUAUAUUGGAUACUGAAAUUUUGAUUCCAAAUGAGCCUACGGAGCACUAUUUAAAUAAGUCGCACCUUCAAGCGCCAACACCUAGGAGGAGAUCAUCGACUGCAAGUGAUAAUCAAACUAAACUAGAAUUUGAAGUAUCCGAUUUGUUCACAUUUGGAAGUCCUUUAUCCCUUAUAUUAGCAUCAAGAAAAAUUUCUGACGAUAAAACACGUGAUAUUACGAAGCCUCCCGUCCAGCAAGUAUAUAAUUUAUUCCAUCCAACUGAUCCUGUCGCGGCCAGACUGGAGCCUUUACUUUCUGCAAGAUUUACGAAUCUUCCUCCUAUAAACGUGGCACGAUAUGCCAAGUAUCCUCUAGGUAACGGCCAGCCGUAUCAUUUGAUGGAGUUAAUACAAAGUCACCCAACUUUAUUUGGAGAUCAUUUGCAAAUGCCUCCAACUCCAAUUUUAAGAAGACUUUCAGAGGCAUCAGUACAAAGUACCGUAAGCGGUCUAGCCGACAAUAUACCACUAAUAACGAUGAACGCACUUCAACAAAAGUGGUGGGGUUCGAAACGCCUUGAUUAUGCUUUGUACUGUCCUGAAGGCUUAUCUAAUUUCCCCACAAAUGCUUUACCACAUUUAUUCCAUGCCAGUUAUUGGGAAAGCUCGGAUGUCAUAGCUUUCAUAUUGCGACAAGUAGGUCAUUUCGAUUUGGCUUUAUAUAGUCACAGCGAAGAUAAAGAUUCAAUCCUGUUCAAUCCAGGCCAAGAUAAAGAAAAAUGGAUGAAGAAAAGAACGUCUGUAAAGUUAAAAAACGUUGCUGCAAAUCAUCGCGCAAAUGAUGUGAUUGUUAAAGAAGGCUGCCCGCAAACGUUUACAGCUCGAUUUAUGUAUGGUCCGUUAGAUAUGAUUACACUAACGGGAGAGAAAGUUGAUAUUCAUAUGAUGAAAGAUCCACCAGGAGGCGAAUGGAGCUUGUUGGAAACUGUUGUAACCGAUAAAACUGGAAGAAUCUCUUACACGUUAACUGAGAAACAAAGCGUUGGAUGUGGCGUUUAUCCAUUUAGAGUUGUAGUUCGAGGUGAUCACACGAGUUGCAAUUUUCAUCUCGCUGUUGUACCACCUCAGACGGAAUGUGUGGUUUUUAGUAUUGACGGAUCUUUUACUGCCAGUGUUUCGGUGACGGGUAGAGAUCCUAAGGUACGAGCGGGGGCAGUAGAUGUCGUACGUUUCUGGCAAGACUUGGGAUUUCUGAUACUAUACAUUACCGGUCGUCCUGACAUGCAACAGCGGAAGGUUGUUUCAUGGUUAGCUGAGCACAACUUUCCGCAUGGACUUGUAUUCUUUUCGGACGGACUAUCGACGGAUCCAUUGGGUCAUAAAGCGGCCCACUUGAAUAAUCUCAUCAAUGAACACGGCGUCAUUCUUCACGCUGCUUACGGUUCUGGGAAAGAUAUAAGUGUGUAUUAUAAUUGUGGAUUAACUCAUAAGCAAAUAUAUGCUAUUGGAAGGAUAAGUAAGAAAUACACCAACUUAGCGACGCCUCUGAGUGAAGGUUAUGCAUCUCACUUGGCUGAUUUGAAGCAACCUGGAGCUGUGAGAGCUGCCAGAGGCAAUGCUCGAUUGUUAGUUCCUCGUCGACUCCUUGCUACUGUAAGUACCGCGUCUGUGGUUAAAGCACGUCGUUAAAUUUUUCUUAUAUUUCCGAGUUUUAAUUAUAUAAAUUAUUAUUUUACUAAGAUAUACAAAAUAUAAUCAAAUCUCAUAUGAUUUUAUAGAAUUUAAUUUUGAAAAACUUAAUGCGAAUAAGUAUAAAAAUAUUCUAUUUUUUCAAUUAAAGUUGAACGUAUUUGAUAUUAACCAUUAUACAUAUUUAGAAUUAUAUAAAACUAAUGUAAAAAUUAUAUCUCUUGUCACACGUACCUUACUAAUUUAUUCUUAUAUACCUUAAAUAUAAAUUAUUCUGUAGGAAGUUGAUGUACUAGGAUAACUUUCAAUUUUUAUCUAAAAGUUGUUGCUGUAAAGUUUUUACUUAUUGCUAAACUUUUAAGGCUGGAAUCUCUUUAUAUCGUGGAUAUUCGACAUGUAUCUAGUCUUGCUAAGAUUUUGUUAUAUUCUAAUAUAUAAUUUUGAUCUGUCCUAUUGUGAAAUAAUACUGACAAGUAUACUUAAAAGAGUUACCUGUUCAGAUAUUACUAAUUUAAAGAUCUGUGUUGACGAGUCUCUCAUUCCAAUAAUUUAUAUUUUUUUUCCUUGAUCAUUAUUUUAUUGGAGGUAACUGUACUGAUGUGAAUCAAACUUGUUCGCUAUUUAAACAAAGUGGCGAAGAACAUUUUAUGUAAAUAGAUAAAAUUUUGCUAAAUAUUGUUCCUGAAUGUAUUUCGUCUUAGUCACUAAAGGUCAAAAAUUAAAAGCAUUAGAUGUUAAAUCCUUGUUAUACAUUAAAAUAUUUAUUCGAGUUAAGUUUAAUGCAAUGUUAUAAAUGUUUGCCUGGCUACGAUUUCUGCAAUACAGUUUACUAUUUACGAGUAUAUUUUAAAAUUCACAAUUUGCUUGCUUAAAGGAUAUUGAAUCUAUAUGUAGGUAGGUAUAGUAGAGACUAUAUACUGUUUAUGUGCUAAAACAUUAAAUACAUACAAAUUGUUGUUGAAAUCGUAGGCUGUUAAACAUAUUCAAAUUGGUGUUAAAUUUAGGCUUAUAUAAAAAAAUUCAUGACAUGUAGACUUAUUUUAAACGGAAACAAAUCUGAUAACAUAUUUAAAAAAAUCUAAAUUAUGUUGAUAUAUUCACAAAAAAAGUAUUUUGUGAAAUACGCAUAAAGUAUUUUUAUAAAUGUGUUUAAAAUACAUACCAAAGUUGUAGAAGUGUCAAGACUUAAAGUAUUUUGAAAGGCAUAGUUUUGCAUAAAGUUAGUAAUUAUUUACACAGAUAUUAUUUACAGAUGAGAGUUACUCCAGAAUUCUCUAUGAUGGUUAUUUUUAGUUUUAAAUGUUGUGAAUUUUGAACAAGUCUCUUAGCGGUUGAAACUCAAGAGUUUUACCGUACGCUUGCAGUAUUUUAAGCUUAUUUAUUAAUUUUCUAGUCUUUUAAAUGGAGGACAAAUAAGUAUUUAAAGUAUGCACUUCUCAUGUGUAUUUGGUAGCCAUAGAUUACAAUAAUUGAAAAAAAGUUUAAUAUUUCAUUUUGUUUUAAACCUUCUGAAAUGCCAUUAACAAUAUUAUAUUCAAGUUUAAAUUUUAUAUAAUUUAAUUAAUAUGACCUCGUUUACUAAUUACAUUCGUCAGUAAAAUGACCUUUAUUAAAUUAUUAUAUAUAUAUAUAUAUUAUAUGGUCGAUGUUAAGAUUAAAACACAUGGCCAUACCCAAUGUGAGAUGAUUUCGUAAUUUCAAAACAAGACGCUGAAAAUAGAAUCUACUUAAAUCGGAGCAGAUAUCGUUUUCAUCAACAUUCAUUGUUUAUGACCUGACGCGAUCGUCUAGCACAUGUAUUAAAAGAAUUUAAUAUACGUAAUUCACAUUUUUAAUUGUUCACGUUACAGUUUUUAUCACUCACUGGCAGUAAAACAUUGUAAGUAAAAUGACGUUGCUACAUAAUUUAAACACCUGCUUUACGCCCACAGUGUUUAUCUGAGCUUAACUUCAAAGCGGAUAAUCUUACUGAAACUGACUUGCAUUAAUAACUUAGUUUGCUUUGACAUCUACAAAUCACGAUUCUAUGGUUGUGUAAUAUCAAAAGUGGUGAAAAUUUUACUUAUAUCCACUAAUUCUCUCUCAAAUGAUACAUACAUAAAUUGCUGUACGGGUUUAAUAAAAACUGUUUUUUACAUGUAAAAUAAUAAAAAGAUGCUUGCACGUGAUUGUCACCGGCAUCUAAUUGAGUUUUGUACUUGGAGAUUUCUGUGUUCACCUCGUUUCCUACGGCUUCUUAGCCGAGGUCGUUUUAUAUACCUGUUAUUGUUCUUGAUAUAAAUGUGUGGGUAGUUACUCGGCUUUAAGAUUAGAUUCUAAACCUACUACUAAUUUUCUAUCUAGGUAUUAUGUGGUAUUAGUUCACUUUUUUUAUUGUUUAAUAAUUUUUGUAUCACGAUUUUUAAUUUAUGGAAUGGUUUGGGGAAAGUUACAUAGUAUUUUGUCAAAUUCAAUCAAAGAAGUGGGUGUCGUAAUAUUUAUUUUCCUUGCCGGUGUUUGGGAAUUAUUAUAACAAUUAUUCACGAUAAUCGUUCAGUUUCAAUAAUGCAAUCAAACAAAAUACUGCGUAACGAUAGAAUUUGUAACAAUACGGGUAAAGCGGUAUUUUUAAUAGUAUUCAUGUGUCAUAUAUUUUUAGUUGCUUAUAAAACACGAAUUUAAAUAUUUUGUUAACAUAUUUUUUUAUAUUGUAAAAGUAUUGACUGUCUCCUAUGUCUAGGUACAUUAGGUACAUAAUGUUAAGUAAAACGUUAACGUGUUUUGCUGUUAGUAAAAUAUUGUAGUUAUCUUCCAAAAGUGCUGUGCUAGCUUGAAUUCCUUUUAUAUUUAUUAAAAUAUGUGUGGGUAAAAUAAAUUAUUAUUGUUGGCUCUA